AUGUGGUACUUGCUCAUCGCCUUAUUUUUGGGAUCUUCUGUUAGCGUCCGAGGACAACAGCAACUGCCAUGUAGCUUUUUAUGUCCACCGGGUCAUAGCUGUGUGAAUAAUGUGUGUCGAGUAGACGAUGGAGAUCGGCAACCUUGUUCUCCGUUUAAUCCGUGCCCUAAUCCAUGGGAUGUAUGUCGAAAUGGUAAAUGUGUUUCAGGAGGUCAGAAAACUUGCUCCCAGUUUUCUCCAUGCCGUGAUCCACGAGAUACGUGUCUAGCCGGAAGAUGUGUUCGAAGAGGUCAGGAAACUUGCUCCCAGUUUUCUCCAUGCCGUGAUCCACGAGAUACGUGUCUAGCCGGAAGAUGUGUUCGAAGAGGUCAGGACACUUGCUCCCAGUAUGAUCCAUGCCGUGAUCCACGAGAUACGUGUCUAGCCGGAAGAUGUGUUCGAAGACAUCAGCAGCAGACUUGUUCCUUGUUGGAGCAAUGCCCUGAUCCACGAGAUAAAUGUCUAAAUGGUAGAUGUGUUAACGGUCCAGGAGAUCACCAAUUUUGUUCUCCGUUAAAUCCGUGCCCUAAUCCACGAGAUUUAUGUCGAAAUGGAAAAUGUGUUUCAGGAGACUUCACAGAAUGCUAUACAGACCUACAUUGUGGUAUUGGACAAGCAUGUUUUAAUGGGAACUGUGAAAUCCGUUUUACAAUUGGUUGAUUAGACGGACUCAAAACUCACUAGACACGGAACGAAAAGAAUGAGAGACAGAACAAAAUCUAUGUCUUGAAAAAAAUAAACAAUGUUUGACGCAUUCUAA